AUGUCGACAAAUCCUAGAAAUCCUGAGUCCAAGGGACCGGCUAUGGCCAAGCCCACGCCCUUCGACGGAAACAGAAAACGAACAGAGCAGUUCCUCCACGAAAUCGACCUAAUGAUCCUCGCCAGGAAAUACGAUUUCCCGGACGAAUUUACAAAAAUAGCAUACGCGCUAUCCUAUAUGAAAGGAGGAUCAGCCGGAAUAUGGUCGAGGAACUUCACUAAAGCCAGAAACACGAACAACGAUUGGGACCUCUAUGCAUGGAAACCCACUACAGGAAUAACCUCAGUCCGCCAGAAGAUUUCAACGGACUUCGAGGAAUUUGACAAGACAGCAGAUGCCAGAGACAAACUGGCUAGGAUCAACCAAGGAAAGGAAUCCUUUAACACGUACCUCCAACUGUUCGAGCAAAUUGCCGAACUAGCAGGGGUUGAUCUUGAAACCAAGAAGACGUACUUCUUACGGGGUCUAAAAUGGGAAUUGGCCCGAGGAAUUUAUCAGGACCCAGCAGCACAGACAACCUGGGAUGAACUAGUGGCCAAGGCCAAAAGACACGAAACAAUGCGCAUAGAAGAAAUGCGAGCACGGGACCUUAGGCAAGGAAAAUACCAAGUCUUCACCCCAACAAAUUAUUAUUCAAACUUCGCCCCAACCCCACGUCAAGAAAGGGAAUCCCAAUAUGUCCCUAUGGACGUGGAUGCAGCAGAAUUGGAAGUCGAGGCCAUCCGCUUCAAGAAACUUACGCCGGAAGAAAGGAACCGGCUCGCUAAAGAAGGAAAGUGCUUCUAUUGCAAGAAGCCCGGGCACAUGGCGCGUGGAUGUCCCUCUCGACCCAAAAGAAGAUUCUAUCCCCCUUCAAGAGGAAGGUUCAUUCCGCAGUCCCGUACUAUGAGGGCCAUGAAAGCAGGAGAAGAGGAAGAUGAAGAAUAUCAGGAAGAAAGCAGACCAGGAGUGGCCCACGUCAAACAAAUAAUGAUGGGACUCAACCCAGACGAAAUAGCUGAAGUACGCGCUUACAGCGAAUCAAAGGAUUUUUAA